AAUCUCGUCUUUCGUUUUUCCUUCAGCUCACAUUGGACGUCUGAAACAUCUCCACCCAAAACUCGAAACCAAAAAAGAAAAAAAAAAAGAAAAAAAAAGGUUUCUUUAGGAACAUUCAUCUUCUUUUUCCUUCUCAUUCAGUUACAUACUCGGAUAAUUUUAAAAAAUGGCUUUGAAUUUGGCACACCAGAUUGGAACUCUUGCCGCAACACAAAUUCCGAUCGAAGGCACCACCGGAGAACAAUCAUCUUCGGCGACGGCGAAUGCGUCGGGAGUUUGGAAAGCACCGGUGGCGAAUAUCCGAUGCAGCACCCCACGAGAAGCUUUAUCCCCUCCGAUGUUAACUCCACCGCUGUCACCGCGAAGCGCCGCAAACAGGUCGUCUUUGGUGAAUCCGAUGCUGCGUCCUGACCUCUCCGCCGUUUGCCAGGCCUACGAGACUUUAGCACCGCUGGAGACGACGGAGGAGAAGGAAGCGGCGGUGGUGAAUUGGAAGGAGGGAGGGACGAAGGAGGAGAAGAAAGGGGUUCCGGUGUACGUGAUGAUGCCGUUGGACAGCGUGACGAAUGGGAACUCGGUGAAUAGGAAGAAGGCGAUGAAUGCGAGUCUCCACGCUUUGAAAAGCGCGGGGGUGGAGGGGAUAAUGAUUGACGUUUGGUGGGGGCUGGUGGAGAGGGAGGCGCCGGGUGCUUACAAUUGGGGUGGCUACACCGAGCUUCUCGAGAUGGCCAAGCAACAUGGCCUCAAAGUCCAGGCCGUCAUGUCGUUUCAUCAGUGUGGCGGCAACGUCGGUGACUCUUGCAGUAUUCCAUUGCCCACUUGGGUUAGGGAAGAGAUUAACAAGGACCCGGACCUUGCAUACACUGAUCAAUGGGGAAGAAGGAAUUAUGAAUAUCUUUCACUUGGUUGUGAUACCAUUCCUGUCUUGAAAGGCCGUACUCCGGUUCAAUGUUAUUCUGAUUUCAUGCGAGCCUUUAGGGACAACUUCAAACAUCUCCUUGCUGAUACCAUUGUGGAAAUCCAAGUGGGAAUGGGUCCGGCAGGUGAGCUUCGGUAUCCUUCAUACCCAGAGGAGAAUGGGACAUGGAAAUUCCCUGGAAUUGGAGCCUUCCAAUGUUAUGAUAAGUAUAUGCUUAGCAGCCUAAAAGGAGCAGCUGAAGCGGCUGGUAAGCCAGAAUGGGGUAGCACAGGCCCAACUGAUGCUGGUCACUACAACAACUGGCCAGAAGAUGCACCAUUUUUCAAAAAAGAAGGUGGUGGUUGGAAUAGUACCUAUGGUGAAUUCUUCCUUUCUUGGUAUUCUCGGAUGCUAUUAGAUCAUGGUGAGAGAAUUCUAUCGUCCGCGACAUCAAUUUUUGAAGGUGCAGGUGUGAAGAUCUCUGUAAAAGUUGCUGGAAUCCACUGGCACUAUGGAACCCGAUCCCAUGCUCCUGAACUCACGGCAGGGUACUAUAACACAAGGUACCGUGAUGGUUACUUACCUAUUGCUCAAAUGCUAGCACGUCAUGGUGCUGUUUUCAACUUCACUUGCAUAGAAAUGCGUGAUCAUGAGCAGCCACAGGAUGCCCUAUGUGCACCGGAGAAGCUAGUCAAGCAAGUUGCUUUAGCUACUGGAGCAGCACAAGUUCCACUUGCUGGAGAGAAUGCACUGCCCCGUUAUGAUGAAUACGCCCAUGAGCAGAUCUUACAAGCAUCAUCGUUGAAUAUUGAUGGCUCUUCGGUUGAUAGGGAGAUGUGUGCAUUUACAUACUUGAGGAUGAAUCCGUCCCUCUUUCAACCGGACAACUGGAGACAGUUUGUAGCAUUCGUAAAGAAGAUGAGUGUGGGAAAAGGUGCUCAUCGGUGUUGGGAGGAGGUGGAGAGGGAGGCUGAGCAAUUUGUGCAUGUCACCCAGCCUUUCAUUCAGGAGGCCGCCUUUGCCCUUACGCACUAGCAAGGGAAUCAUUUGAAUACAAGCAACGCGACUUAAUACAGAGUUUCAUCAAUAACAGUGUCUCAAGGCUUCUGCUGUGCUAUAGCUCUUUUUCUCCAUGCUGUGUCUAUCAAAAUAUAUGUUGUAUAAGAUGGAAUUCGAUGUACUUUGUACCAAUACUUGAAACUCUUUCAUUUUUAUAACAUAAUACAUAAUAUAUUGGACUAUAUGUUUGCC